AGGCGCGAGCGAGGUGAGGACAGAGGACGCGCGCACGUCUGCGUCUCUGUGUGUAUAUUUUGGCUCGGCUGGGGUCGGUCGUGUUUUUACCGGAUAAAGGGGAGCGGAUCGAUCGUCGCUCGCUCGAGUGUGUGUGCGGAGAGCGCGUGCGUGCGUGCGGGGCGACCGCGCGGCGUUUAGCAGUUCCUGUCACAUUCGUGUCAGAGUGUGUGUGUGUGUGUGUGUGUGUGUGUGAGUGAGAGAUGGUGAUGGAGAAGCCGAGCCCCCUGCUCGUAGGACGCGAGUUUGUGCGGCAGUACUACACACUCCUGAAUAAAGCGCCCGAUUACCUGCACAGAUUUUACGGCAGGAACUCCUCAUAUGUUCACGGAGGUUUGGACGGCAGCGGGAAGCCGGAGGAGGCCGUUUACGGUCAGGCGGAGAUCCAUAAGAAAGUGAUGUCGCUGCAGUUCAGUGAGUGUCACACCAAGAUCCGGCACGUUGACGCCCAUGCCACGCUGGGGGACGGGGUGGUGGUGCAGGUGAUGGGCGAGCUGUCCAACAGCGGCCGACCCAUGAGGAGGUUCAUGCAGACGUUUGUCCUCGCUCCGGAGGGCUCUGCUGUCAAUAAAUUCUAUGUGCACAAUGACAUCUUCCGCUAUGAAGAAGAGGUGUUUGGAGACUCUGAGGCUGAACUGGGAGAGUCUGAGGAAGAGGAGGUUGAGGAGGAGCAGGUGGAGACUCACGCUUCACCCGAACCGGCCCAGGACCGUCCCAGCAGCACCACCUACUACGAGCCGCCGGCGCCGCCUGUCAGUAAUGGAGUCGAGGAGCAGCAGGAGGAGGCGGUGCCUGAGGCGGAGCCAGAGCCCCAGCCUGAGGCCAAUCAGGAGACGGAGGCGGAGCUGAAUCCGGAAGCAGAGCUGCAGGUGGCGGAGGCGGAGCCCGAGGAGGAAGAGAAACUGCCAGAGGAGGAGAGAGGCUCCACCCCUGGCCUCGCUCUGACUCCGCCCCCUCAGACCCCAGAACCACCGAAGGCGUUCUCCUGGGCUCUGGUGACCAGUAAGAAUCUCCCUCCGGCCGGCGCUCUUCCCGCCUCUGGAAUCUCUCCACACGUGGUGAAAGCGUCCGGCGUUCAGCCGCGGGUGGAGGUCAAACAGGACAGUCAGUCAUCGUUACCCAGAGAUCAGCGACGCGAAAGACCAGGCUUCCCUCCACGAGGACCACGCGCAGAUGGCAGCGGAUCAGAGGCUUCGGGUGGGAAACCGUACGUCAGUUUUAAGGGCCGCGGUGACUCUGACGGUGGUGAUACGGAGGGCCGCCGCUCCGUUCGUUAUCCAGACAGCCAUCAGCUCUUCGUUGGAAAUCUUCCUCACGACAUUGACGAGGGCGAGCUGAAAGACUUCUUCAUGACGUUCGGGAACGUGGUGGAGAUGAGGAUCAACACCAAAGGCGUCGGAGGGAAGCUGCCCAACUUCGGUUUCGUGGUGUUCGAUGAUUCUGAGCCGGUGCAGAGGAUUCUGGGAGCCAAGCCCAUCAUGUUCCGCGGGGAAGUGCGGCUGAACGUGGAGGAGAAGAAAACCAGAGCGGCCCGCGAGAGGGAAACCAGAGGAGCGUCGGACGGCCGGCGCGGGCCCAGGGGCCCUCUGGGAAACGGGAUGGGGCGUGAGCGAGACGGCCGCGGUCCUCCCUCCUCCAGGGGCGGGAUGGGGGCUGGACGGGGCGGCGGCGCGGGCGGAGAGGGCCGCUUCACGGGCCCGCGCCGCUGAGGACGGACGGAAGGACGUCCCGCCGACCGCAGAUGAAAUCAUCCUCUAUUCGUUUGAUCGUUUUCGUUUCUCUCGUGUCUCUCUCUGGCUUUCGGACCGUGACCGGCCGUCAAAGACUCUCAGAACUCACGCCGCGCCGAUUUCAUCCGCGCUUUCCUUUGUGUUAUUACUCUCGUCAUGAUUUUGCGAUGAAGAACGGGACAGUGUGAUCUUUUUUCCUGUAGAACAGAAGCUGAAUGUCACGAAGGGUUUCCUCACGGAACUGAUUUCUCACGUUUUAUAACGGAUGAACGUCAGCGCUUCAUCAAUCAGUGCUCAGUGUACACUUAUUUAUUUUCCUAGUAAAUAAAACAGUGGUGGUGCCUUAACUCGAUUCUCGCCCGUCUGUCUGUCUGUCUGUCUCUGUCUGUCUGUGUGUGUCUCGAGGAGCGGACGCGUGCCGGCGGAGCGGCGGUCUCGCGGGUGCCGAUCCGGACGCUCCAGAUGUGAUCUGGUUUAAUCUGCCUCUGCUCUGGUCUGGCGAGGCUGAAGCUGCUCUGAGUCGCUGUUUCUUUGCAUGGCUGUUCUGGAUCGUGCUGCUCUUUCCAUUGAUUUCUGGAGCGUUUCUCACCACACUGUCCACUGCGUUUGGUUCUGGGUUCAGACUGGACUUCAGUCAGCUUCAGCAGGUUUUUGUUUGAAUGUGUUUUCGACUUUCAAUAAACUACUGAAAUCUGCAACCUCA